CUCCCCUUAUCUGCAUCUCAUAUGUUGCUCUGUUCGAAUCGUUUUAUUGGUUGAAGCAAUCCGUCAGAAAUUUUCUGUUGCUUUCAAUAACUAAAAGCUCUCUUCGUUAACCCAUCGUUGAACUUCUUUGACAUCACACUGAAUGGCAAUGUCAUUGUCAUAAUUCAAUCAUUGUCAGUUUUGGCAAACUAACAAAAUUUUAUGUUAUGAAAUGAACCUGCAAAUAAACCCGAUUUUCACUAGUAGUAAUAGUUUUUUUCUACUAUACGGCAAAAUUAAUGAAUGAAUCCGCCAUAUCAAUAAAGUUUGGUGUAUAUAUCUUGAAAACGUGAGGCUGUCUGGGAGAAAAUAAAAGUCAAGAUGGUGAUCAAGUUCAGAAAAUGAGAAGAUAAAAAAAUCAGUUAACAUGCAUUUCAAAAGAAAUCUUUUAGAUAAAAGAUGUUAGAAGAACAACAAAUGGGAUCACAAACGUUAGAAAUUUUAAGGCAAGGCGUUUGGGCUUCACUCACUGGGGGGUGGUUUUAUGAUCCCCAUCAAGAUGUCUUUUGUAAUACAUUUCACCUAUAUAUUUGGUUAUUUCUGUUAUGCCUUCCUCUUACCAUAUAUGUGUAUUUUCCACCAACAUGGUAUGUUUGGUAUUUCUAUUGUGGAUCAGUGACUUUGGGCCUUACCAUCCUGAAACUAGCAAAUUAUGGCCUUCACCACAUGUAUGACACUACAGAGUGCAUACAAGAAGAAGUUGAAGAAGAUUGGAGACAACAACGAAAGGUAGAGGAAGGAAUUGAAAUGCAAAUAUUACCGUCAGGAUCAAACAAAUCCUCCAAUCAACCUGGCCACUCGGGUAUGAGAGCAGUUGCUUUCUUUCCUGAGAUUGAAGGAGGACCUUCACACAGUACUGAUGCCGAAAGUUUGGAAUCUACAGAUUUUCAACAGCUUGAUGCUGCUGAAGGAGGACCAAUAGGAAAACCUAGUGGUACCAUCGAUCUCAAAGCCGAAGUUCAUCGUAAGAACUCUUCGGAAAGUAGUGAAGAGUUUCCUUGUACUUCCAUAAUAGAAACCGUAUCUCAUCGAGCUGAUUCUUCAGAACCUCGUAAAAUGAAACGUUUAUCUGAUCGGCGUAAACAGCGCUUGAAGUCAGACGGAUUGGUCACGUUCUCCGUUAAGGAUGAGAAGUCAUCACACAAACUACAACUUGAAGAUUCUCCAGAAAUGAGACAAAGACCUUCUUUAACUAGUGUUGAAUGCGAGCCAGGAGGAUCAUCGUCUCAUUUCGCCAUGGUAGAAAGUGGUGGAAGACGGCAUUCAAAUUUCACAAGUAUGGGAUUUUUAACGUCUUCUGUUCAAGUCGAUAUCAAGCCAACAGGUUCUUUGGAACUUGGCUACAUAGACAAAAAUCCAAAUCAAUCACUUACUUCUGAGGGGUUUUAUUUCAAGCCAAAUGUUAUUCGAGCUCCUACUGCUAUGGGUGUUCGUCGUAUCCGGUCCACUGUUUUAGAAACCUGUUGUCCCGCGCCUUCCCUAGCCCCGCACCCAAAUAGUUUGGAGGUCAUCGGAGGUAGUAAGGCCUCUACCAGGAACCCACUGCCCCCACCUAGUACUAGCUUAACAAGAAAUCAGCAUUUGAAUCUGUGUCCUUACUAUGGAUCAGAAAUUGUGUAUCCUAUAGCUGAACAAUCCGAUGAACAUCAAACUUCGCAUGGACCUGACACUGAUAUGGAAAGUUUAGCGCGAGGAUCAGACUCUGAGUUUGAAGAUAACGGUCAGGGUAGUCACAGUCCCCUGAUUUACAUGAAACUCAAUAAAAUGAAAAGUGUGCCUUAUCCAACUAGCGCUACUAAUGUAAAAUAUCAACACCAUCUCCCGAAAACACCGAUUGAAAAACAGCUCAUGAUGCCGUAUCCCCUUCACAUCAGUCAAGAUGAUCAAGAACGUACCAACUCAAAGGACCACCUUAUUGAUCACGAGGAAUUCAAUUCAUUAUCAAAGUUUUUUCCCUUCAGCAACAACUCUAACUCGAGUGCAACGCCGGAUAUGCACGACGCAAGAGCAGAGUUUUACAUCACCGAUAACGAUGUCAGCGAUAGAAACCUAUCCUGCAGCAAUACUAGCAUGGAGUGUGAAGAAAAGUCAACUGAAAAACGUCUAUCAGAUAAAAAACGACAAAUGAGAAAACAUGGUGAGGAGGUGGAAGAACGCGGACCUAUGAUCAUUAGAAAGAAACAAGUAAAGAAGAAUAGAAGAAGAGGUAAGGGCGAGAGAAGCAAAGGUAGAGGAGGAGAAUGUCGUCGACAGGGAAACUUUUCAAGCUUGAUGGAGCUAGAUCUGGAUUGGUUGUUUGAGGACGAAGGGCAUCAUCUGCAACAUAGGAAAGAACCCUUGAAACGAGACACUGAAUGGUCCAGUGCCACAACGGUAUCCUUAGAACAUGAUGUGAGUAAGGUGCUCCAAGAAACGGUUCCGUCCACCCGUAGUCUGGGAGCCAUUCCUAAGAGAAAUCGUGCCACCUCCGUAGAUCAGCCAAUACCAUCAGGAAUGCUGAAACCUCCGAAAAGUGAAUCUGAAAAAUGCAGUGUCUGUAGGUGCAAACCAAUUUCCAAAUCUGAAGACGGGAAGGAUGGAAGAUUAACAAAAGAAAAUAAGUUAACCCAGACACAAACGCGACAGUCUGAGAGUCCAAGCCCCGUGGAAGGAUUGGAAUGCGUUGUUUAUUCCCAAGCUGCUUCUAAGAUGGCCCGAACCGGAUCAUCAAAAAAGGGUUCCAGCAACAACUCCAAAAAUGACCCUCAGAUCAAAAACGAAGAGGCUUCAUCAAGCGGAUCCAACAAUGAAUUGAGUACACUUUUACCACCUGCUCCUCUUCUUUCUGCCUUCUUGAAUUCAAGACGGGAAUGUCCUGUGGCAGUGUACCCGACAAUUGCUGGGACGGAAAUUCGCUUGGAUCGACCAAAUCAAAACCGUAUGAGACUGAAGAGGGUGAGCAGGGUUAAUAGAAGAAGGACUGUUCAGAUGGCAAGGAAGGAAAGUGCCAUAGCUGGUUCUCUGUCUGCUGGCUUUGGUACCCACGGCGCAAAAAAUUUUAAUGAUACUAGUGACGGGUCUGUCCACUGCUUUUUAGAUGAGAUGGGGAAUUGGGUUACGUAUACUUUUGAUGAAAGGGGUGUCGGAACAGCGAAUACAUUUUUGGAACCUGCUGUAGAUGGCAGUAACUCCUUUCUCGUCCAAGUGCCUGUAGAAAAAUCCUCUUUUUGUCUACGUCAAAGUGAUCCAAUCACUGCAACACCUUCUACAAGUCGCACCACCCACCCUGUCAUAGAUCUAUGGGACAGCACCGAGUCUGUUUGCAAUCGCGCCAACCCUAUUAUCUUGGACAGUAUUGGUCGGAAGUCGCACCAUAAUAUCCCCGUAGCACCCGAACAACUCACUCGACUCAAACGAACAUUCCAUCGCAACAGAAUGCUGCUAGAGGUUGAAAGUGAAGCAAAAUUCAAAUGUAUAGCUUCGGACAUAGGGAGUAAAGCGAAUUACAGAAGGACGAGGACUUAUUAUAAAUUUAGAGUGACACCGUGGACGUAUGUGAAAGUGACUUUGGAUCGGUUGAAGCUGCUCGCGUUGCUGGAUAGAAAUCUAACCUUGAAGGAAACAGUUCUGUCCAUCUUUUUGGGAAGUUUAGUGGGAGUACUUGGUUCUAUGAUACUAUUCAUGGGGUUCUAUACAGACUUGCUGUCUUUUAUAUUUUGCUUUGUUAUGGCGAGCUGCCAAUACUCUUUGUUGAAAAGUGUGCAACCUGAUGCGGCAUCUCCAACACAUGGAUUUAACAGGGUAAUUGCUUACUCGCGUCCUGUAUACUUCUGCAUCUUUUCAUUGUUGAUACUUAUUGUUGAUUCUUGUAUUCUCUAUGAGACUAAAGAGAACGGGUACAACUUGAAUGCUUUCUCAUUGACUCCUCAGCAAAUGUUACUGAUCUUCCGUGAUUUUCUUGUGAUCUUCAUAUUGCUGUUUCCCGUACUUUUCUCUUUGGGCCUAUUUCCCCAAAUCAACACGUUUGUUAUGUAUAUUUUAGAACAAGUUGAUAUGCACCUCUUCGGUGGCAAUGCAAUGUCGAGUUUGUUAGGUUCUUUCUAUUGCGUUUUUCGUUCGAUUUUAGCUGUGAUAGUACUUGUAGGAUUCGCCUAUGGAGGGUUGAGUGAGAGUAAAGGGGCACAACACAUUCUGUUUUCAAUAUUUUGCGCGUGUCUUGUGGCCUGUUGUUAUCAUCUGAGCAGAAGUGCUAGCGAUCCAUCACACAUUUGGAAUCUGAUGAAGAGCCAUCUUUGGUUACCUGAUGUUUAUAGGGAGCAGCAGGUGAAGGAAUGUGCGAGAGAGAAGAGUGGACUAGAAAGCGAGACAGGUGAUAAGGAAAAACCCCAAGAAACUCAUCCAAAUGAAAUCACCAAGUCUCCAGAAGCUAAAGAAAAAUCUGUAAAAUUCCCUUGCAACCAAGAUUCUGCAUCAGAUUCCAAUCAAGAGGAUCAGAGUGAUCCGUUGCCACGUCAAUUGCAAAAGGUUGCCAAUGCACGCCUGAAAAACGACGUUAUUCUCUGCAGUCUAAUCGCUAUUUUAGUGUUUGGAAUUCAUUCCAGCACUGUCUUUACUGCUCUGCAACCUGAACUGAGUCCCGUACUGUGGUGCGUAGCAGUUAUUUUGGGGUUUAUCCUGCACUAUGUCAUUCCCCAGAUGCGAAAACAGCUUCCUUGGUUGUGCAUAGCAAGGCCGAUAUUGAGAUCACAAGAACACGAAUUGUACCAAAUAAGGGGGCCUGCAAAGAUAAUGUGGUUUGAAAAAGUUUACGUGUACUUUUCCUUUUUGGAACGUAAUAUUCUUUAUCCUCUCUUGUUUCUAUCUGUUAUUACUGAAGACUCGCCUCGGAUAAUGGCGGACUAUGGUGCCUUCGCAGGUUCCUUCAUCAUUGUGAUAUGUGGAAUCAAGUGUCUGAGGAGCAGUUAUUCUAAUCAAAGUUCCCAAUAUUUGAUUCUCAUUUUUACUGCCUUAUGUUUCAAAUACGAUUACGUGGAUGUACUGAAUUCAUUUCUGGUCAGUUACUUCUUUUUGAGCAUAAUCUAUCACAAAGUGUACGAGUUAUUACUGAAGCUCCAAUUUGUUGUAACAUACAUAGCACCCUGGCAAAUUACGUGGGGUUCCGCAUUUCAUGCUUUUGCCCAGCCCUUUUCAGUACCUCACUCUGCCAUGUUAUUUCUUCAAGCACUAGUCUCUGCCAUCCUCUCCACACCCCUCAAUCCUUUCCUAGGCAGUGCCAUUUUCCUUACUUCCUAUGUUCGACCUGUUAAGUUCUGGGAGCGUGACUAUAAUACUAGAAGAGUGGAUCAUUCCAACACGCCACUGUCGUCUCAUUUGGAUCGUAACCUGGGAGCAGAUGACAAUAAUCUGAAUUCUCUGUUUUAUGAGCAUUUAACUAGAUCACUACAACAAUCGCUCUGCGGUGAUUUAAAAUUAGGGCGUUGGGGUCCUGUCAACCAGGGAGACUGCUUUGUUCUGGCCUCAGAUUACCUGAAUUGUCUUGUGCAUAUAAUCGAGAUGGGUAACAAUCUGGUAACAUUUCAAAUGAGAGGUCUAGAGUUUAGGGGUACUUACUGCCAACAGCGAGAAGUUGAAGCCAUCACAGAGGGUGUGGAAGAAAAUGAUGGUUGUUGUUGCUGUGAUGCUGGUCAUUUACCAAAUAUGUUGAGCGUCAAUGCCGCCUUCAGCCAACGUUGGUUAGCUUGGGAAGUGACAGCUGCCAAAUACAUUCUUGAGGGUUACAGUAUAUCUGACAAUAGUGCAGUAUCCAUGCUGCAGGUUUUUGAAUUCAGAAAAGUUCUAGUGUCUUACUAUGUUAAGAGCAUAAUAUUUUAUGUUAUUCGAUCUCCAAAACUUGAAGAGUGGCUUUGCAAUCAGACCAUUCUGAAAGCCUUGCAACCCAUGGAACAUAGUGAUUUCGUUGAUUUGGAUCCGGUGUUCAAUUACAAUAUAGACGAAGAUUUCGACAUGCAGAAUAGUGGAAUGACACAUAAUAGAUUCAUGCAGAUUCAUGGGGAGUGGAUAACAUAUUGUGUUGAAAGAGGAGAAAAGAACAUUGAUUCAGGCAUUAAUUCGUCUCUGGUGUUGCUGUGUUUUGCAUUGAGUCUCCUAGGAAGAAGAACCUUGGGUACUGCCUCACACAACACCGUAUCUGGUGUAGAAUUUUUUCUUUACGGUCUCCACGCCCUCUUCAAGGGUGACUUCCGCAUAUCUUGUGCUAGAGACGAAUGGGUUUUCACUGAUAUGGAUCUCCUAAAAACUGUUGUCGCACCAGGGGUGAGAAUGUCUCUAAAACUACAUCAGGAUCAUUUCAUGUCUCCAGACGAAUAUGAAGAGUUAGCUACCCUGUACGAUGCCAUUUGUAAACAUGAAGAAGAGCUGGUUAUUUCACACGAAGGCGAUCCAGCUUGGCGAAGAGGGGUGCUUAGUGGAACGCCAAGUUUGUUGGCAUUGAGACAUGUUCUCGAUGAAGGCAAUGAGGAAUAUAAAAUAAUUAUGCUGAACAAAAGAUACCUAAACUUUAGAGUGAUAAAAAUCAAUAAAGAAUGCGUUAGAGGACUGUGGGCGGGCCAACAACAAGAACUGGUAUAUCUCAGGAACAGGAAUCCCGAGAGAGGGAGCAUACAGAACGCCAAACAGGCUCUCAGGAAUAUCAUCAAUUCGUCUUGUGAUCAGCCAAUUGGUUAUCCUAUCUAUGUGUCUCCGUUGACAACAAGUUAUGCAGAAACAAACCAGCAAUUCUGCAGCUUAGUGGGAGGCUCUAUAACGUUUCAGAAGAUAAAAAAUUAUGUGAUGAAUCUAUUUAGGAGGAUAAGAAAGCGAUGUGGUGAAGGAUGUUCAAGUGGAUCGGCCAAUAGGGAGGAAAUAUGUAUGGGUCACGAAGGCAUUUAUGCUAUGACACCUGUCUCCACCUUGGCACAUCAUACCAGCAGUCAGUCAACUGACGGAUCACAUUUAGGAGGUAGCAUUGGAAGAGGUUCAAGCCUGAGCAGAACAUCUUUAGGUGGUAACAGGGGGAGUUUGGUAUCGGUUGGCAAACCAACCAGUUCUACGUUAGCCAGUUUAGCAGGGCUGUUCAAGGAAAGGGAUGAAAGGGCAGUACCACAAGCUACAGAAUCUCAUGCUCGUGCAGAUGAGAAGUUAGGAGACACUAAUGAUAUGUCUGAGAAAGAAAGUGUCGCACCCAGAGUUAGAAUUGUUGACCCAAAUUUGGUAUAUGAUGCCAUAAAUCUUGGAAGGAGGAUAGACGUGAUGUGGCCAACAGAAUAUAUGAGGAUAAGAGGCGGUCGAUCAAAUUGGAAGGAUUGGGUGCCUGAAGCAGGAAUGGAAGGGCCAAUCGUACAUAAAUGGACUCCUUGCCAUAAGGACCCCAGCAAAAGAUCUCAUGUUGAUCGAACAAUUUUACUAGUCCAGAUCGAAGACAGGUAUGUUCCUAUAGCCGAAAGCGGAGUCCAAGAUUUGAGUCAGGAGGCAUAACGUCUGAGGUCUCCUCUCUUUCUUCGCUUCAGUUUACACCCUUUGUUGUUGACUUUGUAGAAUACUUAAGUUCAAAACAAAGAGGUUACUUCAAGACUAAUUCUGCGAUAUUUUUAUUAUUUUUAAAUUUGUUUCGUCUUAGUUCACUGAAGAGUUAGUAAUGAUUUUAAUUGAGAAAAAAAAAUGUUUGAUGAAAAGUGGGACGGCCUUAAAUGACAGUUGUUUGUUUUAUCAGAAUGGGUUUUCACAUCAUUCAAACCAUUUUAAGAUUGUUUUCAAGUUUAAUUCCCUUGUUAAAAUUUUUAAUGUAAAUGCUUUUGAUGAUCCGUCUAAUUAUUUUAAAUAAUUUUAAUCUGAAAAUAGAACACUAUAACUUAUUAGGGAGAAAUAAAUACAGAAAGUUCAAAAUUUUCAAUGUCUUGGUAUUCUCUGGAAGGUAAUGGGCUUAAAAUAUUACUGUAUUUAUCAUAAGCUGGUCAACUGUACUAUAUGUCCUUGGCCUGAUUGGGCCGCGAUCAUUUUACAUUUGCAGAACAAAAUAAUUCAAACAAUUAUUUGAAUAUACUGCCAAUAAGUUAGUUGUGUCAGAAAGAAGAUAUAAUGGUAAAAGAAAAAAUAUUUAUUUAUCUCUUAUUACAAGUUUUUGACUAGUCUAUAUAGUACUAGCACACGCAUACAAGUAUAAGAUUUUGUCAGUUUUCUUGAAGCAAUAUACAAUACAAUACAAUAUCUUUAUUCCUUAAAAUGAUCACUUCACAAUGAUAUAGGAGUCGUUAAUGGUGAAAAACAUGAAAUGUGUAUAAACAUUAGUACAAAGUACAUAAAUUUAACACAUGAGAGUGCUUAUUUAAAAUAAACAAUUAAAAGUGUUUAUACAUGUACAUAAUAGCUUAAAUAGGUAAUGCCGGAAUGAAAUUAAUUGUUGAUUGGGGAAUGUGGAUAUUCCAAAUAUUCGUUAAUAUUGUAAAAACAACCAUAUGCAAGAUAGUCUUUGAUUCUCCAUUUGAAAACUAGAAUUGAUGCUACACUUUUUAAGCCGGAAGGUAGACAAUUGAAAAAUUUGGAAUCUGCUAGAGAUAGCGUCUUUUCGAAUAAUUUUGUACGAUGUUGUUGUAGUUUGAUUCCAAAUCCCAUACGUGGAUGUAAUUGAUUUUAAAAAUAAUAUUUCAAAAUGGGUUUUCGAAUCGAAUAAAAUACUUUUUCCACUCGAAUAUUUGUACAGGGUAUAUUUAAAACCGUCAUAUUUGAAAUGUCUACAGUAUCAUUUUGAAUAGUAGUAAAGUGAUUGUAGCAUUCAAUAUCUUUGUACAAAUUUUUGCUCAAUGGCUAAUCUUCUGGUGUUCAAAUUAUGUACUUCUACUUCUCAAUAAUACAUUUCCCCUUUUGUCAAUAUUAAUGGUGAUUAAAUAUAUAUACAAAGAGUGAACUUGAUUAUACCUAGGUAUGAGAACAAUGGCCUACAACAUGACCCAACAUGUGCCCCGAGCAUAUUUCUAAUAUUUUUUUUCUAUUUUGAACACCUGCUCAAUAUGACUUAAGCUACCCAAACCAUAGUUAAGCCUUGUUUAUUAAAACUCAUAGUUUUCAGUUCCCAUUGAUACUGUGUUCUUCAACUGCCUAAGAACAAACUAUACUUGAUUUAUUCUUUCAAAGCCAACCUCAGAUUGUUUUCAGGUCUGUUUUUACAUCAUCGUGAAUUUUCUCGAAGUUAUUCGAAGAUUAUAUAAUUGUUGAAAUAAGCUGUUCAAUAAUCUUUUAGAAUUAUUCAUAUACAAAGAUUGUUGGAAAUUUGCAGUUAAUUUAUUUUCUUGAAGUCAACCUGAAAUUGUUUUCAUGCUUGUUUUUUCAUCAGCGUGAAUUUUGUCAAAGUUAUCCAAAGAAGUAAAUUUGUUAAUGUACUUAAACUUGAACCACACUGCGAAUUCGAUAGAAGAUUGUGAUUCUCAAAAUAUUUACUGAGACUUGCAUCAUAUAUUACAUCAAAUAUUUUGAUAUCUGGCUUUGCGUGCCAACAUUUCUGUAAUUAUUGAUCCUCUCUUUUUAUAGAUAGGUUAUGACUUGACGAUGUUCAAUGAUGUUGGGUAGUGACCUGUCAUUAAUGACUCUUUAAUUAUGUGCACCAGUGGUUUACUAAUAAUUUUUUUACAUUUUACAAAGGUUUUCAGAUAUUUCAUUGAUAACGGAACAAAAUAAAAAAAAAAAAAUAAAUUCAAAAUCACUUUUGAUUUUUUUCUGGUCAUUUUCAAUAUGUAUUCUUCAAUUUUGUAUGAGAUAGUGGGACAUAGGGAGAAAGUGUCUAUAUCUGUGAAUUGAGUGCUAAAAAGAUCACUGUCUGUUCUGCUUGAUGAAUCUCCAACUGUCUUUCUUUUUUCUUGGUGCUUUUUUCAGUCUGUUGCCAUUAUAAUUGUAUUUUGCCUUUUCAACUUCCUCCUCGUUUAUCUUCAGCUUCUUAUACCUAUUUUUGAUUGUUUCAUUCGAUCUUACAUUAUUCUGUGGAGUUUUUCCAGCCAGAAAGUGUACCAUUGAUUUUAAUUUUUCGUAUUCAAGUAACAAUUUAUUGCGAUAUUUUCACUGAACAGUUUACAAAACCGCAACACGUGUUUCGCUAUACAAUAACUUCCUCGGGCUUGUUCAUACAUAUAUCAUAUAUUUUAAUUUUUUGACAGAGUCGAAAGAUUCCCAUUGUUGUGUUCUGUUGGUGUCCAAUUUGGCAACUGUUUCGAAAGCCUGCUGUUGCUGUUGAGGUUCAGAUACUUCCCCAUUAGUAGGAUUUCGUAUCUCCUUUUUCCUCAUCAAUUGUUCCAAUUCCCCCAAAACUGACUUUUGAGCUUUUUCAUUCUGCUCAAUCUCGAAACCAGUUUUCUUGAAGCGAAGAAAGUGGCCUUGGAUGUGGUAUAUUUAGUCUCCCACCCUGUACUUAUUGAUAUCACUUCAAGUGCACUACCCCGCACUACCGCAUUAUCUUUAUUUUGGUUUUAACCAAUUCCACCGGUUGUGCCCCUAUACUGGAUUUUAAAAUAUGAUAUACCAUUCUAUCAAAGAUGAAAAAAAUGUAUGUGAUAGAGAAAUACUCUAGUAGUUUCGUAUCUAGUUGAGAUAUAAGAUAAAUUUGAAAAAUUACAAAAAUACUUCAUAAAGUAAGUAAAGUCUUGGAAGAACGAAUCUUAAAUACAUUGAGAGCUUGUGGAUAGAGUUUAACCAAUUUGGGCAUUGUAUUUAAACAUUAAAACAAACCCAAAAAUAUGCAACAUUAUUCAGUAAUAUUUUUAAGAAGAUAUUUUUAUUUUAUUUUUGGGAAACCCAUUAAAGAACAUUUGAACUCGAUUGAAGCUAAUAGAAAGUUUUCAUGCAGAUAAGAGAGAGAUCUGAAUAAUUUGAAUAAAUAGUGGUCAUUUAAAACAUCAUUUAAGGUUGUUCCACUUCUUUAUUUUGUUUGACAACAUGAUCAUAUCAAAUGUAUGCAUUUAUAACUUUCACUAAAAAUAUUUUUCAUAACUAGCUGAUUUUCGAACAAUUCUUGAUAUUAAACAAAAAAAAAACACCAAACCUCAAAUGAGAGAAAAAUAUAAAGUGUAUAAUAUUUUAUUAUAGAAAACAUGAUAAUUUAUUGAAUAAAAGUAGGCUUUUGAAUAUGAAUUGUUACAUGGUUGCCUUAAACUAAUAAUAGACUGAUUUUUAGGUGUUGUUUCAUUAAUUUUUCCAAUUAGUUAAGGCUUGUUGAGAACUUAUUUAUCAGAUCUAUUGCUUCUUAUACUGUGCCAGGGUUAAAAAAGUAAGUAUCACCACUAAAUUUUUUCUGGUUGUUCAAAUGUAAAACGAUAUAUCUGAUUUUGAAUCUGAAUCAGUACAAUAGCGGACUGAAAAAAUAUAAGGGUGAUGAGAAUUUUAUUAACACUUGGUAUGGACUUCUAACUUUAUAUCGAGACGGGUAUAGUAUCAUCAUUGUUGAUAUGGUUUCAGGAGUUGUAAAUUUCUGAUUCUGUUGUCAUAUUAUUCUUUAUUCGUGAUAGAGUAAAUUUCUCCAGUCCAAAAGUAUUUGAAAUUUGAAUCGACAUUAUUGAAUUAAUACACCAAAGUGAUGGUAACAGAAUAAUUUACAAUUCAUUUUGAAAAUGUUUUGCCCUGUGUUCACUUUCAUUGUAUAUUCACUUUUUGAGUUUAAAGCAUUUCAAUUUUUGAAAUGUAAAUAUAGAAUACUUUUUUGAGUGAAGUGUUACUGCUAAUACAUUCAUCAAUUUAUCAAGUAUCACCCAUUUUCAUCAUAUACUUUUUUGAUCUUGCCGUUAUUUUUAGAGCUCAAAACUAUAUUAUGGGAUCAGUAAUUAUUUGUGAUAUUUUUGAACUGCCAGAUUCAACCCCGAGCAGGAAUAUACUAUUUGUUCUAUUUUAGUAUUUUUCACUGCAAAAUUAGAUUAUUAAAUACCUCUACUACUGGCCUGUUUUCUCUAAGUUUUCAAUAAUAAUAAUAAUAAUAAUGUGAGCAAAUACAAGAUCUGUUACACCAAGAUUUACACUUCAAAAUUGUUUUCUUUUUGCAAUGAAAGAGAACACACCAUGUUUGUUAUGUAAAUAAUUUCAGAUGAGAAAUUGUUAUUGCAGAAUGUAGAUAUAUUUUAUUAUGUAAGUGUAACAUAUUGUAUAAAUCUUUUUUUUAUAUGAAUAUAUAUGGCCUAAGUUCUAAGUCAUUUCUCUUGUAUAUAAAAUUUAAUUUAUAAAUAAGAUUCCUGAUGUUU